GUAGCCGCUGUUGCGAGGACUCCGCUGCAUUUUCUGUAGAGCCACGUGGUCAGAAAGCGGAACUGUAGCUGGAGGAAUCAAUGCCACAGAACUGUGGUGCUCUUGUUCCUAUAGCUUAUGGCUGGGACAGUGCAAGGAGUGUUAGGUGCGGUAACAAGUAAAACAGUAGCUGCUAAGCUCCUGUCUCUUAAUGGACUGUUUGCUGUAUAUAAACCCAAAGGGACCACUUCUGCAGCUGUACUGAACCAGCUUAGGGAGAAGCUAUUGACAGAAGCUGGACUACCAAAACCUCGUUGGAAGAAGAGGAAACACAUUUUUAAGAUUGGACAUGGUGGGACUCUGGACAGCAUGGCUACAGGAGUACUAGUGGUUGGCAUUGGAAAAGGAACUAAAAUUCUGAGCAGCAUGUUGGCAGGUUCUAAGAAAUACACAGCUGUUGGGGAGUUGGGGAAGGCUACUGACACGUUUGAUUCAACUGGAAAAGUAACAGAAGAAAUGCCUUAUGAUUGGAUAACAAAAGAUGAUAUUGAGAAUGUUCUGCAAAAGUUUAUGGGAAGCAUAAUGCAAGUUCCGCCACUCUAUUCUGCCCUGAAGAAAGAUGGAGAGAGGUUGUCAACUCUAGUUAAGGAGGGAUAUGCUGUGGAAGCAAAGCCUGCCAGGCCAGUAAUGGUAUACAGCCUCACUCUCAGAAACUUCAAGCCACCCUUGUUCACACUUGAUGUUGAAUGUGGCGGUGGCUUUUAUGUCAGAAGCUUGGUCAACGACAUUGGCAAAGAGCUGUCCUCCUGUGCCACUGUUCAGGAGCUGACCCGAACCAAACAGGGACCAUUUACACUGGAAGAACAUGUUCUUUAUGAAGACAAAUGGACAAUUGGUGAAAUUGCCCAGUCUCUGGAGCAUUGCAUGCCUCUUCUCCCUGCAGCACCAUCUCGUAAAAAAUUAAAGACGGAGUUGUCUGAAGAACACACUGAGGACCCUGAAGACAUACCUGUUUCCCCAGGCUUUUAACUGAAAUUCCGUUUUGAUGUGUUUUUAAUCUAUUGUGAUUUUUAUCUGUUUUUAUAGAUUUUAAAUGUUUUAUGUUAUAUCAUGUUUUAAUCUGUAAACCACCUAGAGAUUUCUAUACUAGGCAGUAUAGAAAUGCAAUAAAUAAAUAAAAAAUCUGAAUUAUUUACAAGGACACUUAAAAUUUUUGAUAACACAGUUCAUGCGAAUGUAUUUUUGAAAAAAAGCUUACAAAUAUACUGUGGAAUGUAAAAAAGAAAUGAAUAAAACACAAGGAUAUCCAAAUUCUACUUCUGUAUAAAAAUAAAAAUGACUGCCAAUUGAAAUGUUAAGUUUCUUCCCCAUGAAAAAUGACAGCCUUUGUGAAAUAUGAUGAAUUGGUUUCAAGUGUGUGCAUAUUUGAGCAUGCUUCCAUUAGAGCUUCUGAUUGAAUGGUGGUUAUGGUUAUUAUUAUGAAUAUUGUGAUUGCUGUGCGUAUUAUUGUAUACUGCUUUUCAACAGAAAGUUCUCAAAGCAGUUUACAUGCUUCGUGUGCCAAAGGGGCUCAUAAUCUGAAAAAGAAACACAAGGGUCUUGCAUUUAUAACCAUUGGGGGGAUGAAUAGGAACAGUUGCUCUGCCCCGCUACCUAUGAGAGCGACCACUUUAAAAGGUCCCUCUCCCCCCGCCCCCCGUCUCUGCAGGAGUUGUGUUGAUCCCUUCCUUUUCCAGUCCCUGAGACUGCUGGUAAGAUCUGGUGCUAGUGAAUUGCCAGAUUACUUGUUUGCCUUGGGAACAAUGAGUACAUACAGCUAUUAGGUGUCUAAAAUUACCAGACUGCAUAUUGAGCUCUAUUUACACAUUAUGUUCAACACAUGUACAUCUGUGAAUCGUGUAUGCAUGUACAGAUCUGUACGCAUUACAGUUAUUCACACGUAGGCUCAAAGCACAUACAGUAGUACACUUCCUCUUGUGUUUGAAGGGGCCUGUAUCCAGGCUCACUUUUAAAAUGAAUGCAUGUACAGUCAUUCACACAAAAACAUGUACAUGUGUACAGAUGUCUGUACACAUACAACAUAAUGUCUGAAUAGGGCUUUAUUGAUUAGGGAAUUUAGGUAGGAUUUGUCUAACAGAUUCAAAGAUGUCUUUGUUUUCAGAGAAUUGACAUGUACUAUGUUACUGUUGCUAGUUCUGAAGCAUACAGUAUUCCAUUAGCUGCCCAAAUCUGUUUUGAAUUCUCCACACAAUGUAUUUAUAUGCAUUACCAUGAGUACUCCAAGAUAAACAUAUAUACAUUACCUGUACCCUGUUUUUUAGUUCCAAAAGAUGGUAUUAAUGCAUUGUUAAUCUUUACUGGUUCAAUGUUGCCAUUUUCAGUACUGGAGAGCAGAGCUGAUCGAAUUGUGAGAUACUUGACAUGAAACAUAAUGGCAAAGUCUGUAUCGAGCAGGUGAGGAUGCAGUCCGCAGUUCAAACUUGAGGGGGGAAGCACUUGGGCAGGAGUGAAUACCUGAGUAUCAACAGCAAAAUGGAGUCUACGAGCACACCUAGACCUCAUGCCUAAUCCACCAGGGAGAUGAUGUCCCAUUAAAAACUCUUCUUAUUGAGACGAGUACAGUAGGUCACCUUCAUCCAUACACUGCACAUUGAUUCAUAGAGGCAGUUUGCUUUUGGCUCUGCAGAGAAGGAAAAAUAGAACUGGGUGGCAGCUACAUAACAAAAAUGAAACUACAUAGUUUCAGCUCAGACCUGGUUUUUUUAAUAUUAACACGAAGCUGGGAAUGACAGGGAUUGAAUUCAGGGCUUUCUGUGUGCAAAGCGUGUGAGCCAGAAUCCUCCCCUAAUUUUGAAUUUUCUUUAAAAAGAGCGUGGUGUAAAGAGGAAGGAAUCUGUUCUAUUCUGUCAUAAUUCUGAACUGCUUCUUCAACUGAACACAAAAUUUUAAUUUAAUUUACAUCCCGCUCUUCCUCCAAGGAGCCCAGAGCAGUGUACUACAUACUUACGUUUCUCUUUCACAACAACCCUGUGAAGUAGGUUAGGCUGAGAGAGAAGUGACUGGCCCAGAGUCUCCCAGCUAGUAUCAUGGCUGAAUGGGGAUUUGAACUCGGGUCUCCCCGGUCCUAGUCCAGCACUCUAACCACUACACCACGCAGGGUCCCCACUCCACCACACUGACUCCAUUUCAAAUUCAAAUACCUCCUUUUGAAGCUUGGUAAACUUUCCUGUGGAGGAAAUAGGAUUGCACAAUAAACUUGAUGGUUGCAUCCUGAAGCAAGUAGUGUUGUUUCUAUUUUAUCUGUCAAAUUGCUGUGAGUCCUGUCAUCACCUUUUGAAAGGCAAUACAUUACUAUUAUUGAUGGGAAAUAUAUAUUAAAUAGAACAACUGCCUCUGUGUAUUGGCAUACAUACUUUUGUUGUGGAAAUGCAAUAUCUCUUCUUGCUUGAGUUCUUUGUUACAAAUCCUGUAUGUACUUAAUUUGAAUAUGCACUGUUUUUCAUGGAAGCUCUAUAUUUUGCACAACAGAAAACAUACAGUUGAACAGCGUUGUAAUUUGCCAACACUCCAGUUCAUUCAAAAUUAAAAGCUGAGUAGUUAUGUAGCCUCGUGUUAAAAAAAGAAAGAUGUAAGUUGAUAAAACUGCCAUAUACUGAGUCAAACCACUGGUCCAUUUCAGUUAGUAUUUUUAUACUGGCUAGCCACAGUUCUCCUUUUUGAUGGGUCAUUUCCACUCCUCACUAGAGAUGGCAAAGUUUGAAUGUGGGACCUUCUGCACACGAAGGAUGUGCUCUACCAUUGAGAUGGUUUUCUCCAGAGUAGUGCUUUAUUUUCUUCUGAUUUAGGAAAGCGCCUUGGUCAUCUUCCAAGGAAACUAGGUUCUGCUGCAUUCCUCUUCUGCCAUAAGACUCUUGCUUGUCUUCUGAAAGUCUGUGUUGAGCCCCAGUUUCGCAAGCUGUUAGGAAUGUAUCAAGUCCCUGAUUGCAAUUAUGCAUUGAAUCCAAAGUGCCCUUCCGCAGACGGAAGAUGUGGGUUGCGGAAGAUGUGGGUUGCACUGUUGGCAUAAAAGAUUGUGCAAGCUCUGGUGCAAGGGGAAACAUGAGAACUCUCUCUACAGCAGGGUUCUUAGAUUUGGGUCCCCACAUAUUGUUGCACUACAAUUUUCCCAUUAUUCCACAAAUGCCAUUGUGGCUGGAGAUGAUGGGAGUUGUAGCCCAGAAUCUGGGGACUACAUUUGAGAAGACCUGCUCUACAACUCCGCCUGCCCCACCCUGCUUUUAUAGGAGCUCUGUUCUACCUAUUAGCACUGCAGGAAAGGUGCAAACAUUUGUUCAACUGCGCUAGUGACUUUCCCCCUUCUGUUUGCAGUUCUUUGGAGUCAACCCAAUUUUUGCAAGAAUGUCUUAAACCACACAGAGACAGCAAUAAUGCUCUGGUGAGAAUGUAUAGAAAAUAAUAUGUUCUUGUAACUGAGAGGAUUGCCAGUAGGUACCUUUAUCAUAGUUGUCUCACUCCUUAUGGUGUAGAAGUGGGCACUAAACCGUUUACAUGUAGCUGCUUCAGUUGUAACACGUGAAAUGCCCUCAAGUACCUUUC